CGCAACUUAACUUCAGGGUUCCGCGCGGGAAGGCUAACCUCGUCCUGCGUGCGGAGCAGUCUCAGCGCAGCCGUCGGCCUGUCCCUGGUCUUCAAGCCUUCGGUCUUUUAGGCAAGAUGAGUGAUAAGCCAGACCUGUCUGAAGUGGAGAAGUUUGACAAGUCAAAACUGAAGAAAACUAAUACUAAAGAAAAAAAUACUCUUCCUUCAAAGGAAACUAUCCAACAAGAGAAAGAGUGUGUUCAAACAUCAUAAAAUGGGGAUCUCCUCCCAAGAGAAACUUCAACAUUGCUUGAGUGUCUUGGUUUCUGGCUUGUUUUUGGUAAACCUUUGUGUUGCAGAGAGUUUAGGCAUCUUCUGAUGUCUUCUCAUCCAUAAUCCCUGGCUAAGGGGUCAGGGGUAGCCAAUGUUCCCUUACAUUCAUUUUAAAACCUCCAUUUGUGCAUAAAUUCCAGCUGGCAGGUGCUGUCAAUAAUCUUACCAUUGAUGACCUUUGUGCUUGUAGUCCUUGCACCCACCACAGGAUAAGCCACUUUUAACUUUCUACAAUGGUUCCCUCUAUUGCUUUAUAAUCUUUAUGAAGUUGCAUGCUUUUACGUCUUCUCGUAGUUUAUUUUCAUUUCUAAUGGAGCAAUAAAAUAAUAAAUAUAAUCAGUAUGUUUAUAA